AUGAUCAAAACCUAUAUAAGCCAUGUCGUAGAUUUAGUGUUAUUAUUAUGUUUUGUGAAUUUUGCAACUUCUCGCCGUUAUCCAGAAGAGGGGUAUUUCUCAGGAAAUUACUUUGAUAAUCAACAAUAUGCCAAAAUAAAUGCUGGUCUUGGAAAGUUAGAGCACUUGCCAAAGUUGGUGACUGAUUGGCCAGAUCCUGCUGUAGAAAUGGGCCAAGUAUCAGGAGUAUCAAUAGAUAAUGCUGGCCGGGUGUUUAUAUUCCAUAGAGGAAAAAACGUCUGGGAUAGUCGCACAUUCUCUGAUCGAAAUGUUUAUCAAUCUAUAGGGGAACCACCAAUUCCACACUCGACUAUUUUAGUUUUCAAUGAGACUGGGGAGCUUGUUGAUAUGUGGGGAGAAAACCUUUUUUACAUGCCCCAUGGUAUAACAGUGGAUGCGGCAGGGAAUGUAUGGGUGACUGAUGUAGCUCUUCACCAAGUUUUUAAAUUUACACCAGAUCAGAGAGAGAAACCUGUUAUUACACUUGGAGAAAAAUUUGUACCAGGCAAUGAUGAUAAACAUUUCUGCAAGCCAAGUGCUGUUGCCGUUCAUUCUUCUGGGGACUUCUUUGUAUCAGACGGAUAUUGUAACACAAGAAUCAUUAAGUAUGCUGCAGAUGGGACAAAGAUAUUACAGUGGGGACGUCAGUCCGGUCAAACACCAUUUACUUUUGACAUUCCACAUGCAUUGACAAUAGCUGAGGAUCAAAACGCUGUAUGUACUGCAGACAGGGAAAGGGGUAGAGUUGCCUGCUUCAGAGCUGAUAAUGGAACAUACAUACAUUCAUACUCUCAUUGGCUGAUCGGACCUAGGAUAUUCAGUGUUGCAUAUUCUCCAAUACAGGGCGGAAGACUAUACUUAGUAAAUGGACCUUCUAUGGGAAUACCAGUUAGAGGUUAUGUCAUAGAAUACACCUCAGGACGUCUAAUACAGACUUUCGCCCCCGGCUCUGCCUUCCAUAAUCCUCACGAUAUCGCGGUCACCCCAGAUGGCAGUACUGUCUACGUAGUCGAACUUAACCCUUUUAAAGCGUACAAGUUUGUGGAUGACGGGUUGAAAGGGAAUUUGCAGGUUGAGAUGAAACCCAAUGGAACAUUGCAUACAAAGCCAACAGCUACUAUUGAAGCGAGUGGCGUGGCGUUAGCCGGCGAAGGGGUUUUAGAGGGGUGGGGUGGGGCUGCGGGAGGGGCGUUGGGCGCGGGGGGGAGCGGCGCUUGUGGUGCUCGCAGCGCUGGCGCUUCUAAACGCACGAAAUCGCGGAAGAGUGGCUGUGAACUACUAAAAAAUGCUGGUCGCAAAGGUGUAUCGCUUCGGCGCUGGGAAUACGGUCACGGAGAAUUCAAGUUACGUCGUUUACUUGACCGUCGACGUUUCCAACGAGUCCAUUCGGAUGACUCUGAUGAAGAACCGGCUCCGAUGCUACCCCCUCCAGCAGCAACUGCGUGA